CCCUCAUAAACACCAAAGAAAGCCAUUAUCACUUAUCAAAUUAUUUUACAAUAGUCACAAAAAUGAAUUCAAUUUUCUUUCUCCUUACCCUUCUCUUUAUCACUUAUACUGAUGCAGCUACCAUUUUGGUUCGUAACAAUUGUCCUGACCCAGUAUGGGCGGCCGGUGUCCCUGGCGGCGGCAAACGCCUCGACCGUGACCAAGAAUGGACGAUAGAUGCCCCUCCGGGGACCAAACAAGCCCGUGUUUGGGCCCGGACGGGCUGCAAUUUUGAUGCAUCCGGCAAGGGAAAAUGCGAAACAGGAGAUUGUAACGGUGUUCUUGAAUGUAAAUCCUUUGGGGUACCCCCAAAUACACUAGCUGAAUAUGCCCUAAACCAAUUUGGGGGCAACGAUUUUAUCGAUAUUUCUCUUGUUGAUGGAUUCAAUGUUCCUAUGGAAUUUAGUCCAGCAUCCAAUGGGUGCACCCGUGUUAUAACGUGCAAUGCUAAAAUUAAUGAACAGUGCCCUACUGAAUUGAAGGCUCCUGGAGGUUGUAACAAUCCUUGUACUGUUUUCAAGACCGAUGAAUAUUGUUGUAACUCCGGCAGCUGCAACCCUACGAAUUUUUCGAAGUUUUUUAAGGAGAGGUGUCCUGAUGCUUACAGUUACCCUCAAGAUGAUAAGACUAGUCUUUUCACUUGUCCCGCUGGUACCAAUUAUAAGGUUGUGUUCUGUCCUUGAAUGGAUUAAAAUUAUUGUAAUUUAGCUAUCUACGUAGUAAAUCGAAUAAGGCUACGCUGUCCUCCUAGCUAGGAGGAUUUAUUACUGCCGAGGAAUAAUAUGUUUUUAUGCAUGAAGUGAUGUGGAAGUGUGUUAAGUAGUUCCUUAGUUUGUAACAAAUCAAAGGAAAACAAAGAUCUUUAUGAUGAUUGAUGGGUUUGUUUGGUUGUUAAUUAAUGUUUUCAUCAAAUAUCUUUUGGUUGGAA